AUGCACUUUUCCAACCUAAAGCUGCUAGCUAUUCUUUCUUUUACCAGUCUAAUCACGGCAAAAUGUGCACCAGGAUGCGGCGAUGCCGAUGCGUGUAUUGGGACUGAAUUCUGCACUACUGCGACCUUCACCACACCCAGCUCAACUGUUCUGACGACAUGCGUACCCACGGCAACUUGUCUUGGAGUAUACGGUAAGCACCACACUAUUGAACCCGGUGCGCAAAGGCAAGAGUGUUAA